CAGCAUGCAUCAGUGUUGCAAGCACUUACUCGCCACAGUUUCGUUGCUGUUGCUGCAGCAAGUCUACUGCCAAAACGAAACUACAAAUUAUUGUCAAACAGGACUGUGCCCCACACUUAAGAAGCACAUUGCCUGCAAAGCCAAAGUGGGUAUGAGCAAAGUCUGUCCGUCCGCACAGCAACUGAAUCUUACCCAGCAUCAGCCACUCAUUCUCACUCAGCAUAACUUGCAACGUAAUGUGCUUGCCUCUGGCAAGUUAGAGAACUUCAAGAUGCCCGAAAAAAUGGCCACAAUUCAGUGGAAUGAGGAAUUGCAGCAGCUGGCGCAGCUUAAUGUAAUGCAAUGUGAACUGCACUAUGAUCAAUGCCACAACACUCUUGAGUUUCGGAAUUCCGGUCAAAAUGUGGCAAUGCAAAACGCUUCCGAUAGAACGGAUGAGGACCUGAUCAAGGAUAGCAUUGAUCGCUGGUGGGAUCAGUACAAAAACAUAACACGGGAGCAAGUGGAACACUUUCCCAAAGAACCCAAGGUUUUCGAGUCCUUUCGCAAUUUUGCUGUGAUGGCACGCGAUAACAACACACAUGUGGGUUGUGCAGCCACACGAUAUACCAAAGGACAGGCACAACUCUUUCUAAUGGCUUGCAACUAUGCAAGCAACUUUAUACCUGAUCGUGCUCUAUAUAGACCAAAAAGUUUGAACUGCCAGAACGGCUUUGACAGAACUUAUCUCGCAUUGUGUAAGAUUGGCGAGCAGUACAGAGAUAUUGAGCCACUGGAGCCCAACAAGUAGGGAAACUAAACAAACAAAAUAAAUACAUUUAUAAAUAAACUAUGAAUAAAUAUUGU